CGUCUCACGUGUUUGCCCUUUGGCUGCUUGCAGAUCGCAGUCUCAUUUGUCAAUCCGAAUCGCAAGUUAAAGUUUAGUUAACUUUCUUGGGUGAUUAGCGUCCAUGAAAGAAAUUCUACGAGAAAAUGACAAGUCAAGUUUUAACUGGUCAUGAUUCGACUUCUUUCGACAUCAUCAGAGAACUGCAUAGGAAACAAAUGGUCCAUGUGCUUCAUUUGAUUUUCAAGUACUUAGAUGAAGAUGCUGUUGCUAAUGCUGAACUAACCUCAAAAAACUGGAGAGCUGCUAUUUCUGAUGGGAAUUCUGAUAAACUUUGGAACGACCUACUUCACAAGAAGAUGUCUAUGUCUGUCCUCUGGGAACGACUUCAUUUCAAUUUUCCACACAGUUUGAAUUUAGCUUCAAGUAACUGCUUAAGUUCCCGUGAGCUUUUCAACAAAACUAAGUUUACAGCUAAGACUCUAAGAAAAAGUGUGCUGCUGUUUGAGUGCACUAGAGAUUUUGUCGAAGAUUCUGUUAAUGUUGAAGGAAUAAUUAGUUAUGUUCGCUAUUGCCUCAUGAAGUCAUUUUUGAUAUCUGAAAAGUAUAUUGCUCUGAAGUGGAAGUCAGAAAUCAAGAUCUGGAACCGACAUUCUUUGAAAAUUGAAGAGAUAUUGGAGAUUGAUCAAAAACAGUGCUUGCAAAAUUUCAAAUUUGUGCUGUAUGAUAAUGCACUGUUUUACACUCAUGAUCAGCAGAUAAACCUAAGAAAUCUUGUCACCAAAAAGACAGAAGAACAUAAACCACAUUGGAUGAAUCCCACCAAUUACAUAAACUAUUUGUUCACUUCAAAUGGGUUUCUGGUUAUUGGAGUCUAUAUCAAGAAGCAAAAACAUUUCUUUCACAAAGUUGUUGUUUGGGAAAUAAAAACGUCUUUAGAAAUGGAAUGGGAAAAUUUUCACAUGAUACCUAUAGACUUGGACGAUUACGAAACCUCCAUCGAUCACAGAUUUGUCAUUUUCUCGCAUCGUAAUCAGCAAUCUCGAUUAACGUGCGAUGUCAGGAAAAUGUCAGAUCCCAGAACCACUGAAAAAGUUUUGACAUUUGUCUCCGAGGAAGGCGAAGAUGUUUCCUACAAAGAUGGGUUUCUUAUAAUAACCAACUUAAAAGCUGAUAUAAUGGUCGUGGAUGUGGAAUCUGGCUUAUCCAGAAUUAUUUUGCAAGCUGACAAGGAUUUCGCUAAGAGUGUUGUUACUGUGAGCAUUCAUUCCGACUACAUGUUUUUCAUGUGCGACUACGUUGACGAGUCCUCGGUCUUGAUAACAAAGAUGCAAGUUUGGGAUCUCCAAGCUAUAAAAAGUGCUCCAACUGAUACACCCCUGCAACCGUUUUGCGCAUUUGAAGAAUCGGAAAUUACUUUUAUGGGAAAAGCGGUAACCUUCCGUGCUGAUAUGUUUGGUCUAGUGUUUGUGACUGUAAGUCCGACACCGCAGUACCUGGUAGAUAGCCUACCUUACAUAAUCAGAGUGGUGAAUUUUCUACCUACUUGCAAUUUUUGCAAGCAAAUCAAGAAAAAGCUGUGGCGGUGUGGUCGGUGUAAGUCAGCAAAGUAUUGUGACGGUGUUUGUCAGAGUGCCGACUGGCAUCACCACAAGGUAUUAUGCAACACAAUCUAGGCAAAACACGCAUCGGACACCCAAGAAAGUUUCGGAAUGUCGAUUUGAUUUUAAAUUUCACAAAAAAAUAUCGAGAUCCUAAGAAUUGAACAACCCGUUUGUUAAUUCAAAAUUCCUCCUUUGUUUUGUAUUUUCAUUUUGAACAAAAUCCGGGAAUUUGUGAAAAUUCAGUUAAAUUUAAUUGUUGUUAACAUGUUAAUGCGAUACUUUGCUAUCUUAAGACCUGCCUUGUCGAAGGCCAAAUUUUGGGGUUUGAUUCUUGAGGUUGUAGUGUAAAUGGAAUCAUUUGCAUGAUUUACUCUUUUGCUAAUACCAUUGUUACUCGUUUCAUAUGUGUGAUGUUGACAUGUUGUCAUGUUGAAGUGAUCAAGUUAUGUAACCUGGAAUUUCAAUAUAUUUGGAAAAA